AUGCUUCGAACAGGCCAUCAUGUAAAGUACAAGCAAUGCGCAUUACCUGUGCUAUGUCGAUUUCUUUCGAUUCAAUUAGCCAGUGGAAACAAGGCGCCCACAAUCAGCAGUGAUCCAGAUGUGUGUAUUGUCAGCCGCUCGUCGCUGAGAAACAAGAAAUCAAAGAGAAGAAAGGAGCUCAUCGCACCAAGUAUACCACUCUCGCAGCGAUUAAGAGAUGCUUCGAUAAAGAAAGAGCUUGCCUCUAGAGAUUGGAAUGCAUUGCCCAUCGAUGUGUCAUAUAAUCGUGUGCCACCACCCACGCAUGUAGAUGUAGCGACACUAGCUCAUGGUUUGGAAAAGGUUUUGUUCAACCCUGGAGUGCAUUUCUUGAGAGAUCCCAAGACAAAAGUCUAUAACUUUACACCCUAUUUAGAAGACAUUACACAGCCAUUGGACUUUGAUUAUGAUUCAUUACAACCUUAUAUCACAUCUUCAAAGGAUACCAGUCUUGUGGAUUUAGCCCGAAAACUGGAAAAGCAAUACAUUGGAUCGACAUCAUCCGUGUCCGCCGUGCUGUCCCAUUUGUACUUUGUCAUGUCAAAUUUUAAACCAGUAAACACUUCUUGUUUGUCCCGCGCAUUCGAAAACGAGUCAAAGAAAUUCACCAAGGGAUCAAGAACCCCAGCCUCUAUUUAUCUUCGAUGGAAGGACGGUGUUUAUGCAGUGGAUGUGGACAAGUCUUAUGAUCUAGAUGAAACUAUUUUAUCAGUGCUUGGCAAAUCGCUAGAGAAGGUGCUCACCUCUGAGCCUGAUGAAUUUGAAAAGCAUCUCAAGGAAAACUCAUCACAGUUGACUGAGCAAGAGAAGAAUCAACCAGAAAGCUAUGCAUAUGGAGAGAUUGGAAAAUUCUUGUUGAGAUCCCAACUUGAUUGUUUUGAUCCAAAGCUACCAAGAGGCACAUUUGAUCUAAAGACAAGAGCAGUGAUGCCAGUUCGAUUAGACAUUCAAAAUUAUACUGAAUAUUUGGGCUAUAAACUGAAGCGUUCCAAGGGAUUGUUCGAAUCAUUUGAGCGAGAAUACUAUGAUAUGAUACGAUCUGCAUUUUUGAAAUACAGCUUUCAAGUGCGUAUAGGACACAUGGACGGUAUUAUGGUUGCGUACCAUAAUACAAGCAAAAUAUUUGGCUUCCAGUAUAUCUCUCGAGAAGAAAUGGAUUCUCGUUUAUUCGGAUCUACUAAAAUUGGCGAUCAAGUGUUUCGAAAUGCAUUAGUUAUGUUUGAGUCUAUUUUAGACAAGGCAAUAGAAAAGUACCCUCGACAAACCUUAAGGUUAUCAUUUGACACAAAGCAACACAAUCAAACAAAGGAAGCCACUACAUACGUCUUUGUCGAAGCCGUGCCUGACACUGCUGCUACUGCCGCUACCACAAAUACAGAAGCAGCUCAAGUAGCAGCUGUAUUAGAACCAACAAGCACGAGUGAAUAUGACUAUCGCCCAUAUGACAAUCUGACCAUGUAUUCACUCAAAACACAAUCACUUGUAAAUAACCGAGCUAUCCAAGGACCAUUGGAGUUCAAGAAUCCCCGGCGAGAUACAUGGACUGUACAUACAAAGAUAGAAGAAAUAUAUGCAGAUGACUUGAAGAAGAAACAGGAGAGAUUUGUCCAGAUGCGCAAACUCCAAGCCUCUGUGUAUUUACCCUCUAACAAAAAGAACCCAUUGCAUGCCAUGUUCAAACGUAUCAGUGAAAAGGAAUUAAAAAAUGAAACACAAUAA